UGAAGAGUCACUGGAGAGCGGAGAGCGCCGGCUGCACGGGGGCGGGGAGCCAGUGAGCAGGGCUGCGAGCCAAGGGGGAACGGCACACGCACUGCGAGCCCCGGGAGAGGGGCAAAGCCAGUCUCAGAGCCUCGCUCCCAGGACCCGCAGAGGAGAGGAGGAGGGAGAGGCCGGCAGCUGGGGGGAUUAACGUGGUAGGACUCAAUGAGGGAAGGCAGGAGCACUUGGCGCAAGGCAGAGAGCCAGGGGAAAUUGAUAAUGGGACGAAGGGAACUGUAAAGACCAGGCUCCUAAAGGAGGGAGCUGCAAAGGACAAGUCCCUGCCAAGGACAAGCACAAGGAGCGUCUGCCGCUAGCUCAGUGUCUGGGAGGCCAAACCUCCCGGGAGGGGAAAACUUUGCAAAGCAGCGAAGAUCAAAGAGUUUGCAGAACAAAGCCCAGGGCAUCCUCAUUUGCAAAGCCCAGGGCGGGGGGCAGCGAGCCUGGCCCGCCCCACCAUGAGAGGCAAGCGAGAGCCCUGCCAGGGACCAGAGGGGAGAGGUUUGCAGCCACAGCAGCAACCGCAGCAGCAGAGGUAGCCUGGGACAUGCAGCAUCCGGGAGCAGAGAGGCGACUGGCUGAGCUCAAGAGGUGGAAACAUUUGGAGGGAAACAGAGGAAAGUUUUGUAUUGUCAGCAGCUGCCUCCAGUUUGGGGCUGGGGGAGCAGCAGCCGCAGCGUGAGCCGGAGCGCGUGGAGCCGUCUGAUGCUGUGCCACUUUGAUCCACCAGGAGGGACUUGAUUUGUCCUGAUGCAAAGGGAGCGUUUUCCCGGCUAAAGAGAAAAAAGGGGGUGAUCUGCCUGGGAACAAACGGUCUCUGGAACGGCCUAAGGGAAAUCACCAGGACAAGCGACUCACGGGGUGGGGCAAGAGGCAGGCAGAGAAGAAGAGGAAAAGAAAUCAGAUUGCAAAAAAGGAUAAGAAAAGGGAGUGGGGGAGGCGAAGCCCUCUCCCUUGCUUCUUCCUUUCUUGCCUCCUGCCAAUCUUUUCAGAGUUACCCUUCAGCAUCACUGGCCCAGGCACCGGCGCCCAGGAAGGGCAGCUCAAGCCAAACGUGAUCAGCGAACAGCAAGAGAGAUCAGAGAUUCACCCCCCUCCCCAGCCCCGGGGACUCCCCGGGAAGCCAGGGCACUGGGACUGUCAGCCUGUCAGUAAUCUUUCUCCCUCACUCCCAGUGGCUCCCAGCCUUUGCAGGGACACAGCAAUCCAGGAGCAGAAGGCUGGAAAGAGGAUUGCAGUUUUCAUCUGCACGUUUUGAUCCUCCCUCUCCUACUUCAGGGACUGAUUUUGUAAUAUUAGCAGGCUGGAUUAGCGGGAGGGGGCUGCCUGCUUUGUAUGCGUGUGCAGAGGUGAGCCGGGGGGAGGGCGGAGGAAGAGAUGUCUGGGAUCAGAGGGAAAGUUGUGCUUAUCCUAGGCUUCGUUUUUCUGACAACUCUUCUGGCAGUGGUGAGAGGGCUCCCCGUAAGGAAACAACGCACCAACAGCUCCAAGGAGAGAAAUCACAAGCUGGUGGAGGUCUCCACUUCAUCUGACACCCGUCUGACGCAGGAAGAGGAGAUGCCGCAGGCUAACAAGGUUCGGAGCCUGAGGAGAAGUGGGCAGGCUGGGCCUCGCCGGCACAAACGCCGAUGGUUGUCCCAGCGAGCAGGGAGGAACCAACCAAUGCCGCUCCAGCCUGGCACUGCUAGCGAGGAGAGCACACCCUUUGUGCUGGAUUUACAGAACCUGCCAGGGUUGGCCAGCGUUGACCUGAAUGCCCAGAACCCAAACAUACAGGUCACCAUUGAGGUAGUGGAUGAUCCUCAGGCUGAGAUGGAGAUGGACUUGCUGAAAGAAACCAGCAAUGACUGGUCCUUGACCUCCUCUGAAUGGCUGUCCCACAAGGACCUCUUCUGGCCCCUCUUCUGGGAGUACACGGAUCCCACUGAGGAAGAGGAGGAGGAAGAGGAUGACAGCAUGGGCUCUGAGGACAGGGGGGAAGAGGAAGAAGAUUAUACAGCAGAGUACGAGGAGGAGGAGACAGUGCUGAGUGGAGUGGGAGGCAACUGGGACCAGAGGUGGCCAAGUCAGAAGAACUGGAUCUUCAAGGAAAAAUAUAAUUAUGACUAUGAAGAUGAAGAGGAGUGGAGCUCUUGGUCCCCCUGCAGUGUGACCUGUGGUAGCGGCAACCAGAAGAGAACCCGGUCCUGUGGCUAUGCUUGCACAGCCACUGAGUCAAGAACCUGCGACCUGCAUCACUGCCCUGGAGCAGAUGGAGAAAUGGUCUUCACCACUGACGAGACACCGUUUGAGGGUGAGAACAACACGGAGAUGUUCAACUCAGAUGUGGACAGCUGUGAGAAGUGGCUGAAUUGCAAGAGUGACUUCCUCACCAAGUACUUGAGCAAGGUGCUGACGGAUUUGCCCAGCUGCCCCUGCUCCUACCCACUGGAGGCUGUGUACAGUGCUGUGAACCUGCUGGAUGAGCGCCAGGGCAAGAACUUCCGCUGGCGAGAUGCCAGUGGGCCCAAGGAGCGACUGGACAUCUACAAGCCUACGGCCCACUUCUGCCUGCGCUCCAUGCUCUCCUUGGACAGCACCACGCUGGCUGCCCAGCACUGCUGCUACGACGAGCACACGAAGCUCAUCACCCGGGGCAAGGGGGCUGGUGCACCUAAUCUCAUCAGCACGGAGUUCUCCCCGGAGCUGCACUACAAGGUGGACAUGCUGCCUUGGAUUCUGUGCAAAGGGGACUGGAGCCGGUACCAUGCCGUUCGGCCCCCCAACAACGGGCAGCAGUGCGCUGAUAACCCCACUGAGGAGGAGUAUCUCUCCCAGCUGCAGGAGGCCAAAGAGUACUAGCAGAUUUUGGCCUAAUGAUGGGAGAGCAGGACGUGGCUGGUCCACCAUGUAACACCCCUGCAGGCCACAGAGGCUCUGGAGUAUCCCUGCUUGUCACUUCCUCCCUGGGGAUCACAGCAGUGUGGGGGGGAGAGGCAGAGCCCUUGGCCCUACACACAGGCUCCCUGGCAGUGCCAAAUGCAGGGAUUAGGUUUAAAUGUGUCUUUUCCAAGUGGCAUCUCAGUUCCUUUCCAGUUUCCAAGGGGCACAGGUGAUCCUUGCUGCCUGAUUGGCCCCAAGGGUGCUGUUCUCUCUGGGUAGCACAGGAUCCAUGGUGAGAUGGGGACAGCUAGAGGCAAUGGAAGGAAGGCUCCCUCAGGGAAGGGG